UGACGCACGCGAGAAGCGCGUAGCGAUGACGCUUUGCCCGGCGCGCCGCGGAAGGCAGUGCGCAAGCGCCGGUGCGGCUGCGCGGCCGGCGGUUGGGGUGGCGGUGCCCGGCGUCGACCAUGACCCAGCAGGGUGCGGCGCUGCAGAACUACAACAACGAGCUGGUUAAGUGCAUCGAGGAGCUGUGUCAGAAGCGAGACGAGCUGUGCCGGCAGAUCCAGCAAGAAGAGGACGAGAAGCAGCGGCUGCAGAACGAGGUGAGGCAGCUGACGGAGAAGCUGGCCCGCGUCAACGAGAACCUGGCGCGCAAGAUCGCCUCUCGCAACGAGUUCGACCGGACCAUCGAGGAGACCGAGGCAGCCUACCUCAAGAUCCUGGAGAGUUCACAGACUCUGCUUAGUGUUCUCAAGAGAGAAGCUGGGAACCUGACCAAGGCCACAGCCUCAGACCAGAAGAGCAGCGGAGGCAAGGACAGCUGACAAGGCUGAGUGGGCAAGGGCCCGUUUCAACCGUGCCCCGUGAUGACUCAGCCCCCAGUGCAUCUGUUUUAAAGCAUCUUUGUUCUUUGUGGCAACAGAUGUGUUGUCUCAAGUGCCCAGAGGUGCAGCUGCCAACCUCCACCAGUCUCGUGUGACAAGAAAAGCCCUAGGCACAGCCCAUGGGGGGAGGGGGGUUCCUAGCUGUGUACUCACAAGGGCUAUGGGGACAAUGGGCUCCAGUUCAGCUCCACAAAGGGCCUCUCUCUCAGGCCCCCACACUCACUUGGACUGCCAGGGAGGUCUUGGUCUCAGCAGUGUGGGAGACCCUCACUUCAUCUCUUCUCAGGCAGGAAGGGCCCAAGCCAGGCAAAUGGAGAAGGGUAGCUCUUUCUCCCCAGAACCCAAACUUCAGGGUCCACCCCCAUAGCUUGUGACUGUCAAUAAAGGUCUU